AUGCCCCAGCCGAAGGCGAAACGGACCAAGGCAGGUCACUCGCAAGACCCCCCAGCAGCCGAGGCCGCAGCGCCGCACGACGGGCCGCGCGGCGAGCUGCUGCUCAACCUGCGCGGCACUGCGCUGACCGAGGGCGACUUGUGGGACGCCCUGGCCGCCGGCUGCAAGCUGCCGCGCUGGUUUGGCCGCAACCUGGACGCGUGGCACGACACCCUGGUCACUGGCGGCAUCUCCCAAUACCUGGACGCCCACGAGCCCCUGGUCGUGCGCGCCGACGCGGCGGGGGUGUUCGCGCCGGGCAACGGGCGUGGGAGGAAACUGGCGAGUGUAUUCCUGGAAUCGGGCGGGCGGGGGCGGCUUGAGCUGUACAGCCCGGGCGGCGGCGCGCGGAUGGCCUUGCAGGAGUAG